AUGUCACAGGAUUCGAACCUGGGCCAUUACGGCUUAAUAGUAGUCUGCUUCAGUGUGAACUACUGCGCACUAAGGGAUUACACAGAGUGCCACGACGAUUUCAAUCUGGACCCUCCCGAUGGACUCUUGGUGGAGCAUAACACCUUCACGUGGCUGGGAUUUUUACAAUACGUACAUGAAGUAACAGGCACUCCCCAUUUCAAGAUGGCACCUCGUGUGCUUUUGGUUCACAAACAGUUUGUUCUGGGCACUGCCACAGACAUGUUAAAGUUGCCUUACAACUACAAGAUUGGCACCGUUAUAUUCGGCCAGUAUGAGCGCCAGGAAUCUGAUUGUGAUCUGAAGAUGUCACAGGCGAAGAAUGGGGAGAACUGUGGACCUGCCUACAUGGAGAUACCUUACGUUCAAAUCUACGCGCAUCCCGAAUAUUCAAGGUUUGGCGUUAUAAACAGUUUGGCGCUCAUGAAACUGCUCAAUCCACUAACAUCUCACUACAUGAUGCCAAUAUGCUUGCCUACGCUCGGCGAAAGGGAAAGACAAAGGAGGCAGAAAUUAGUUUUUAUGGUUGAUUACGUGAGUGCGGUCCCUGAAGACUUCGACGAGGAAAAGAUGGCUAAGAAGACCUUACAUCUGUUAACUCAUAAAGAUUGCGAUAGACAUCGAAGACAUUUGGAAGUCGCACCUGAUGGCAUAACGCAUGCGCUAUGCAGUUCCGGAUGCGGAAUACGCCCAGGCGCACCGAUCAUUAGCCAUGCAACGACGGGAGCUUUCGAACUAAUGGGAAUAUCACUUGGAGGAGGCGUUUGCGUCGACCACGCUAUGCGCGACCAGUUUAAUCCGAACCCACCCAUGUACAUUGAUGUCUACCCUUACGUCACGUGGAUCACAAACAUCAUCACAGCACAUGUUAUACCUCUGCCAUAUCCGAAGUCAAUGCGUAGGAGCGGCACCAGUAACGAAAAUGGGCGAAGAGUCCUACAAGGACCGAAUCUGAGGGCUAGAGUAUCACAAAAAGAAGGCUGGUCCAAACGCACUUACUUAGUUGGCAACUGGUGUUUCGAAAGCCAUCAGACCCAGAUGAAAAGCCACUUUUUCUACUCCGAGAAAUUCCAAGUUCAUGCCACUAUACUCACUAGAUUGAAAGUAAUGUUGAAGGUUUCAGCUGGAGUGGAAUGCACGAUCAGCUGCGCUCGCUUGGUGCUGCCCAACAGAAUGACUCAACCGAAAAUCGAGGGCAUCGGAGGCUACAACAUAACUCUCACGUUCAACACCGAGUGGUUCCCAAGAACCUUCUCGUUUGCCCUAGGUCUCACUGGGAUAGACACAGGAUAUUGGGACUUACGUGAAUUCCUUAAUGAACGACCAAAACCAAUAUUAUGGGAUUGAUACUCUAGUUACCUACAUGCUGGCCGCCUAUUGGCUCUGUAUUUCAUGUUGUAUGUAUUUUAUGUAUGUGCAAUAAAAUAUUUUUGC